AUCUCUGCAAAGCGGCUCUCGCGCGGCGGCGCGCGCAAGGUUCAUAGAGCGCAGUCUUGCUAGCAAAGGCAUCGCUGUCCCGUAGCUCCACCGCAGCAGCGCUGCUCCACCCGAUAGCGCAUACGCCGUCCGCCUAAGAGAGCAGCGCGAAAGCAGGAAGCCAAAAUGGCCACCACGAAUGGAGACGACGACGACGCCCGCUACCGCGCCGCCCACGAGCCGGCCGCGCUCUGGCACGCCUACCUCGCGCGCCGCCAGCGGGAGAAUCCGCUGUUUUUGAGGCGCACGCUGAGUUUCGUGCCCGGCCAGCCGACGAUCGGCGGCCCGGCCGCGCCCGCGCCCGCGCCCGACCGCGCGGUGGGGCGCUACCUCCGGCUCCGGCUCCCCGCCGCGGCGCUAAGCGCGGCCGGGGCGCCGGCGGGGGCGCGGCUCCUGUGCGCGACGCUCUACGAGCGCCGGGGGCGGACGCUCGCGCCGCUCGAGGCCGCGCGCCCCGUGCGCCUGACGGCCGCCCCGGCGGCCGCCGGCGGCAGCAAGCCUCCGGCGUCGAAGAAGGCGGCCGGCGCCGGAAGCAAGCCCCCGGCGUCGAAGAAGCGCAAGACGCAGGAGGAGGCCCCGCCGGGCGACGAGGUCUGGCUCUGCUUCGACACGGAGGCGUCGGCGAUGCUCGACGGCACGCGCCGCGCCUGCGUCGCGCUGCAGGUCUUCGACGCGGCGGGCGACGGCGCCGCCGACGAGGGCGCCUUUCUCCGCUGGCCGGACGCCUGCACCUUCUCGGCCGCGACCCUCAGCGAGAAGGAGGCGCUCGAGCAGCACGCGGUGACGCAGGCGGGCCUGCCGGGCCCGCUGGGCCGCGCGUCGCACGGCGCGCUCGUCGACGUCCACAAGACGUUCGCGGGCGACGCGACGCGGGGCAUCCUCGGCCUCGCCGACGCGCCCGCCGCCGCGCGCGGCGGCUUCGAAGCCGUCAAGCUCAAGGCCCAGCGCAAGGCGGCCGGCGCCUACACGGUGCGGGUCGGCGCCGCGUGGGCCUGCGCGCCGGCGGGCGCGACGACCGCGUCGCUCGCGGCCGCCCGCGCCGUGGCGGCCGCGCCGACGCCGGCGCCCCCGGGCGCGCCCGCGGGCGACGCCGUGCCGGCGUGCGUCUUCUACCACCUCGUGUAUUGGGACGCGGCGACGCGGGCGCUUGCCUCGCGCGUGUCGCGCACCGACGCCGUCGCGCGCGGCGUCGAAGUCCAAUUUCGCGGCGAGCGCCCGGUGAGUCUAUGUCCACGCAGGCCGCGUGCGCGUGGUGCGGCUUCCAGGCCGGGACGAGCCGGGCGCUGGCGCAGCACCUCCGCGCGAGCCACAGCCCGGCGCUCCGCUUCGAGUGCCUCCUCGACGACCGGGACCGCCUCCACGUCGUCGCGACGCCGCGGGCGGUCUCCGCGGCGGCGCGGCGGGCCGGGGCCCUCGCGGGCGACGACGACGACGACGACGCGGCGCCGCCCCUCAUCGUGGCGGCGCCGCCGCCGCCGGGCGUCGUCAAGUGCUGCUCGAAGGACCAGUACGUGGUGCGCCAGGCGGCGGCCGCGGCGGGCGCGCAGGCCGACCUGCCGCUCGGCACGCCGCGCCCGACCGCGCCGACGCGCCAGUACUACCACGCGCGCACGGGCCAGCCGAUCCACCCGCGGCUCCUCCAGAGCGGCUACGACAGCGACGACGAGGUCGACGAGGGCUGGCGCCUCCGGCGCGCCGAGGUGCUGCUGGACGAGUUCGAGGACGUGACGCCGCCGGAGAAGGCGUUCAUGAAGCUCUGGAACCGCUGGAUCUUCGCGCGGCCCAUCCAGGCCGACCGCGACGUGCCGCGGGCCGUCGUCGCCUUCGCGCGCGCGCACGCGGCCGAGAUCGCGGGCCAGAACCUGCGGCACAACUUCCUCCUCCACCUCUUCCACCUCUGGGACAACUCGCUCCUCGCCGCGGCGCACAUAUCGGCCGCGCUCGACGUCGUCGACGACGAGGCCGCGCGGCCGACUAGUGAAGAACCCUAAGCAGACGAGACCUUAUAUUCUGCCCGAGGGGGCCGCGC